GCGGCCGCGCCCCGAGACCGGGCAGUGCUUCUGCCCCUACAAGGUUUGGGCCUUGGUGGGGGAGGGUCCUGGUCCCCCGGCUCCGCCCGGCUCCUCCCCGCCUUUUAGGCGCCCGCGCUGCUGGGACAUCGCAGUCCCUCUUGGUCCUCCUGACCUGUCCCCUGUGCAUCCAGUGCUCGCGCCUAGCCCAGUCUACCUACUCUUCACCGCUCGCCCACCGGCCCACUCCCCACCGCAGCCAUGGACGCCAUCAAGAAGAAGAUGCAGAUGCUGAAACUGGACAAGGAGAAUGCCAUCGACCGCGCGGAGCAGGCCGAAGCCGACAAAAAGCAAGCUGAAGACCGAUGCAAGCAGCUGGAGGAAGAGCAGCAGGCCCUCCAGAAGAAGCUGAAGGGGACAGAGGACGAGGUGGAAAAGUACUCGGAGUCCGUGAAGGAUGCCCAGGAGAAACUGGAGCAGGCCGAGAAGAAGGCCACCGACGCUGAAGCAGAUGUGGCCUCUCUGAACCGGCGCAUUCAGCUCGUAGAGGAGGAGUUGGAUCGGGCACAGGAGCGCCUGGCUACAGCCUUGCAAAAGCUGGAGGAGGCUGAGAAAGCCGCAGAUGAGAGCGAGAGAGGAAUGAAGGUCAUUGAAAACCGGGCCAUGAAGGAUGAGGAAAAGAUGGAGCUGCAGGAGAUGCAGCUGAAGGAAGCCAAGCACAUCGCUGAGGACUCAGACCGCAAAUAUGAGGAGGUGGCCAGGAAGCUGGUGAUCCUGGAAGGGGAGCUGGAGCGCUCGGAAGAGAGAGCCGAGGUGGCUGAGAGUAAAUGUGGGGACCUAGAGGAGGAGCUGAAAAUUGUUACCAACAACUUGAAAUCCCUGGAAGCUCAAGCGGACAAGUAUUCCACCAAAGAGGACAAAUACGAAGAAGAGAUCAAACUUCUGGAGGAGAAGCUGAAAGAGGCUGAGACCCGAGCAGAGUUUGCUGAAAGAUCUGUGGCAAAGUUGGAGAAAACCAUUGAUGACCUGGAAGAUGAAGUCUAUGCACAGAAGAUGAAGUACAAGGCCAUCAGCGAGGAGCUGGACAACGCACUCAAUGACAUCACUUCCCUCUGAGUCCCCACUAUGGCCGUCGCGGGCCCCUUUCUCUCCUCUCUUUCCAUUCUCUCUGAGGGGAGGGGGCAGCCAGGAGAAGCACCAAUUGGCCACGUUGCACAGCCAGCCUGAGGGCAGCCUGAGGAACACGUCUGCCACCCCUGCCACCCACUCUGGCACUGGCUUUUCUCCUGCCAUCUAUCCACCAUGCACUGACCUCCACCCCUCCACUACUUAAUAAACUCUGAACUUGGUCUCCAUGCUCUUCUCCUCCGGAAGCCCUUUUCCCUCUCAAAGCACUGAUUCACUCCUGAGACCCUGGCUUUUACUGCCGUCCUCCAUCUUUGACGCUCAGCCCUCCUCCCUCUGCACACUGUGGCUCACACAGACCCUCCGGCACGGCACUCCCAGCCCGUCACUUUCUGAUAAUCAAUGCAUGUGGCUGUACACACCCUUCCUCCCCACCUCAGCAGCCCAGUCACUGACCUUGGCACACUUAACUGGGAUUCCAGGAUCUGAGGGCAUUGCUGAGAGGGAAAUGGGGUGCUGGGGUCAAGGGAGGGGGCCAGAAGGUCAGGAAAGGUCUGGCAUGAAGGUCGUUAAAGUCUUGGAUCUCUACAAGAGGGGCUUUUGCAGCAUCUGCAGGUCUGUUUUCUGUCCCAUGUCUGUCUGACCUUCCCUUUCCUGGCUGAACCUUUGUCUUUCCUUUUGUUUCCAUCUUUUCUAACCUUCUAAAGGCUUCUAAAGGAAGGCACCCCGUUUACGUUACAGGCCUCCCCAUCCCAGUGUCACUACCCCAGCCAAGGCCUAGAGCAAGAUUUGUGUCUGGACAGGCCACCCACUUACCCUACUAUAGACCCCCGGUCUCUUAACAUGACUCAGGUCUCCUAACACAUCCCAGGUCUCCUAACAUGUCCCAGGUCCCCUAACACGCCCCAGGUCCAUAAAGUGUCUCCUAACAUUCCUAACAUGGUUUUUGUCUGUGUCACCUUUCCCUGUCCAUGGUUCCCUUCCCACCUGUUUACCCUCCCCUACCUCACCUGCUGCUUCCCCUCACAGAGACUUUGGCUAGUGCCAAGGAAGAGAACGUGGAGAUUCACCAGACCUUGGACCAGACCCUUCUGGAACUCAACAACCUGUAAGGGCUGGCCCUGCUGCCUACCAGACUACAUAGUUGCCUCCUCAGGCCAAUAAACUGAUGUUACUGGCA